CAGCCGUGAAUGAAAACAUCGUCAGCCCAAGGAAAGAUUAUAUCAGGUAAGAUUUUGUGCGGCAUGUUCGAUCAGUUGAACAAGUCUAUUAUACAGGGUAGCUAUAUACUUUACCAAAACCGUCCAGUCUUGCCGCUUUAACUUCACACUAUUUUAUCAAACUUUGGCAUUCACAGCAGCGGUAUUUUGUACCGUAGUUAAUUAUACGUAAUUAUAUAGUAUCGUUAUAGCAAUAUUGACAUACCAAGCCUGUGGCUAUCACUACAUGACGGCAUGCAUGAAUAGGAUCGGAACAAUAAAUAAUUCAUCCUGAGGCUAUAUUCAUUACAUACGUGAAAAUGGAAUCGUGAGGACUCGGUGGCCACACCCGCGCGGAUUAUUCAUUAUUAUGAUUUCUAGAAUGCUUUACACAAUACACCAUGUUUUUUGUCUCAUGGCCAGCUUCAGGCUGGAAAUAAUUAGAUAUAUCUAACACACUGUAAAAACAGAUUGGUUGAAAUGACCUAUUUAAUUUGGUUGUCUCAGACGCAUUAAUUUAACCAAAUUUUAUUGGUUAAAAUAACCAAUAAAUUGAUUAAAACAACCCACAAAAAUGGUUAAAACAACCAAUAUUAUGGUUGUUUUGACCAUAUAAAAUUGGUCAAAAAGAGAUGCGUCUGAGACAACCAAUUUAAAUUGGUCAUUUCAACCAAUCUGUUUUUACAGUGCUGCACAGAGUGUAUCCGUUGUAUCUGAAUUACUCUGCGUAUAUAAACGCGAUUUUUUCAUCUUGGGAAAGAUCAGGCUUUUAGUUGUUGAAUGAUAUGUUCUUCAUGCCAAAUGGAUAAAAAAUAAGCAAGUAUAUAUAUACGAGUCGGAUAAAAAAUGUUAGAUCGCAUAUUGUCACCGUUGAAAAUUAAUUAUAUAACCCCUUCGGUACUUAAGUUGAUGAAUUUCACUUCAAUAAACUACGCACAUAUUCAUAAUUAUUAUACUGUAUAUUAAGUAGGAAUAAAUCUUAGCUAAGCUACGACAAGCAAGUUAAGUUCGUGAUUAAUUGCUUUUUCGUUUGUUAUGCACUGCUUUAAUUAGGCACAGAGGUGAAAAUAUGCCAUAUUCUGACUAACAUGAUUAACAAUUCAAUAACUAAAAGUCUAAUCUUUCCGAAUAUGAAAAACGUCAUACGCCGAGUAAUUCACGUACAAUAGCGCGUUUUUUUAUAUACACCCUAUCUAAUCAAUUCUUUUCAACUUCAACAAUGCUGUAUUGCUGUCCAUAGAAAUGAGCGAAGAAAUUUGGAAGUGGAAAAUGCGACAGUGCAUGAAAACAAUACUCAUACGCGGUACGAUACACACUUUAUUCUCAUCGCAGUGAGUCUGAGUGCCCCCAUAUACUGUACAUUCACUGCGUUGCACAUCAAGUACUUGCUAUUCCUAUGGCAUGCUGAAGCAGGCCCGGCUGUUCGCGAAGCUCAACGUCUUGCCGCUCGCAAGACCGUCAAAAUAAAAACGGGGAAACAACUGGAAUUUUUUAUUCAAUCCUGAAAAAACUGUUCACGCAAAACAAGCGAUUCACGAUUCAUAUUUAGUUCCAGUCCUGAUUCAUUCACGCUGACGAUAAUUAAAUCGAAACUUUCUUUUACGUAUACACAAAAAAAGAUUUGAAAAACUACAAUCACGGAUUUUAGCAAACUGUCAACCCAAAUGUCAAAUGAAUCUUAUAGCGUAGGUGGAAAAUUGUGCAGAAUGUUCUUCUAAUUUAGAAGUUGUUGACGUUUUUGAUAUUCUUAAACAUUCCGGCGUACACCCUUACUUGUUUUUAGAGAUGCAUAUUAUAUUUCAGUAUUGAAAAAACUUUUCUACAAUUAUAUUGAUGCGUUUUAGGCCUAUAUUCAACAUUACUAAUAACAACUGCAUGGUCUUAUCUUAUUCCAAGUAAAAUACCAAGGUAUACAAAGGAUACAAACUAUACCUGUAUACUAUUACAUAAAUAUACUUAAUUACAUGAUUGUCUAUAACCUUUGCAGUAGCCUCUUUACCAUGCAAUAUGUUUAUAUGUCGUAACAGGAUGUUGAGGAUAUUUUUAUCUUUCAUGCAUAGCAACGACAUAAUAAAACAAAUUUUGUAACUUGAAUGAUGACAUAUAGUAAAGUUGUUCAUUUUUAACUUUAUAGUAGAUCACAGUUGUAUAGUCCAGUAGAAUGCGUGAAUGCAUGUUCCAUAUGCUGAAAUACCAGAGGUCCAGAACAUAAAUUGAGGAAACUGAGCAUAAAUGUUUAAUGUUUCUUCCUUGUUGUGGUUGCUACGUCAGUAACCCAAGAUAUUCAAAGCUUAGAAUGGGUGAAGUGCAUAGAAUUUAACAGAAUUUUUAAAAAACACCUUCAUAUAGUCAUGAUGCGUGCUUCCCGAAAUGGCCUUCUGUUGGGGAUAUUUUGCGUAAGUAUACAAAAAGUCAAUUUAAGUCCAUGCUUGGAGAUUUUCAUAUCUUCACAAGCAAAUUGUCAUAGCCUGAUAAAUCUUCAUUGAAAUCAAGGCAUUGUGUUUCCUUUUGUCAGUUUCUUACCCUAUUCUACCGGCGAAUCUUCUAGAUCUUCUGGAAUUUUUAAUAAUUAAUCACGUUAGACAGUUUAUGAGGAGUUUAUGGACUUUGGGCGCCAGCUAUAUGUGUAAUUAAUUAAUCAGGGAGAUCAUUUGUCUCAAUUAAGCCUGCAUGGGUAUUGUGUUAGCCAAAUAAUUCAAAAAAGAAUGUAUGAUCAACAGCUGACAGCUGUAAACAAUGAUGGCGCAGGCAUAUUGAAUGCAUGCAGGCAUAUGUGAACCAGGCUUCAUUAUAUCAAAUGUUUUGUCUUUGUUAAAACAACAACAGUGGCAAUAUGCUAAACAAUUUAUAAGCAACGCAUUUGGAAUAAUGCUGUGAUAUGAUGGAUAGAUAGACUAGGCCUAUACCAGCUGAUCAUAAAACAAAUGACCCUUAGGUUCAUAACCAUCAUUCUUUUGUAUCAUACGACGUACCCUAUUUCCCCGGCAUAUAAGCGCCCUCCAGCCUCCACAGGCCUCCACAUGCAUGGCCUAUAAGUUAUCAACAUUCGAGUUCCAUAUUUAAGUAUGUCAUCUUGCUUUCUCCAUUCCUUACAGGUGAUAGCUGUCAUGUUAGGUGAGUAUGAUGAUAUUUCAUAUAAUACCAUUUCAAUGUGAAUUUCACUUGCACGAAUUAAUCUGACUAUUGUUUAUAAGGUUAUAUGAACUAUCAAGUUACAUUACUCUCUAACACGUUAUGGACAUUGCAGUUAGGGAGUUUACGAAUGUAAGACGGCGACGUCAGGACGAGGGCUAAACAAACUGUUUGAAAUAAAUUAUUGUACGGAAGCCUAUAACUGUCCCGUAUUUACCUUCUUAUGAAUUUAAAAUAGUUUCGAACGAGUAAAACAGAGCUUAAUUAGUUCUCAGAGCAAUGUUGAUCAACUCUGCCAGAAAAACUACCUGUCACGGCUUGAAAUGCUAUAGAUAUACUACAGACGAAGUGAAAAUAUAUGCAUUUUGCCGUUGUCAACAAAGCUUGGACGACGUCUAGAAACAUGACCUGCUAUACUUUUAAUUAUUCAUUUCUUUUGUGCUGUAGGAUUAAUGUUAUUGUAUUGAUAGCCGUCGUCCUGAUGUCGCCGUCUUAAUUUGUAAACUCCCUAUUGCAACCAAAAGACGUCAACUGAAUUAUUCCGUAUUUCUAGACAUUGAACAUAACUUUUUUAUCCCCCAUAAGACCAAUCAUAGAUCAUACUAGUAGACCAUGUGGAAAUUGUAUAUGCUGAGACAGAGUCGAAGCCAAUUUUUUUAACAGUCUAUAAAGGUAAAAAACAACACUUUUUCCCUGCAUGAAGACUAUACCUAGAAAAUAAAAAUGUUAAAAUAUUUCUGUGAUGGGCAAUAAUAGGAAAAAAUAUCGACAGAUUUAACCAACUGGCUGGGGAGAAAUACCUUCGAAUGACUCUGCAUGCUCGCCGGCUCGCAGAGGCCUUAAAUAUUCUACAUGUAAUCCUCAUUAGGGUUAUCUCAGUCUCUCGCAAUACAGAACAUGUGUACAUUCCAUAAACGCUACAAAAUACAAUUCUUGACCUCGAAUUAAAAAGGAACUUAUUAAAACAAUUACUGAUGGAUAAAAACCAAAUACGUUCUCCUGCACUAUAACAACUGGAUAUAAUCUAUAUUUAAUUUCUAAAUUCAUUCAAACUCAGUUAUGUGCAAUAUCAAUUAUAUAAAAUGAUAUAUCCAUAUAUAGUUUGGAUUUAUAUGUCCGUUGAAAUACGUAUCAUGCCAUGCAUUUAAAAGCAAUGCAUAAAUUUUCUAUUUGAAAAUUAAUUUGAUUGUUGAUGGUCUUUCUCAUGAUAGUUGUCAUGACGUAUAAAAUUCUCCAUGACGUAUGUGAUCGAGUUUCCAUGACGCUCCAUGACGUAUGUGAGUUUCCAUGACGUAUAUGUAUUUUUCCAGUGACGUUUUCAUCAGGACAUACAGUAUGUAAAUUCUCUAUAUAUGUUGUAUAAAAUUUUAUAUAAUAGCAUUAAGAAUUUAAGCACUUUCAUUGGUCGAAAGUCAUGAUCUAUUAGAGGACAGACGCACGGAAUUACGUCACAAUUAAGGUAGCCAAUAGCAUUCACUUCCCUUAUUUGUAUAUAUCAUGUACGCGACACGCGUGAUAUUUGUAAAAUUUCGACUCUUUCAAAUUCCCAAAUGUUUUUUUUUUUUUUUUUUUUUUAAAGUUAUGUUCCCAUGUAUAAAAAUCUGCUUAAAAUAUAUUAACUUGAAGAUUUUGGGAUAGAGACCUACUAGAAAUCUACAUAGACUUUUUAUUUUAGGUUUUUAGUUACUGUUUGUUUUAUCACAUAAUCAAUUAUUUACAGUCAUGCAAUCAAUACAUAAUAUGUAAAAUCAGAACGUUUUGAAGUAUAUAUACUAUAUUUACAAGAGUAAAAAAGAUUGAAGUGGGAAUGUUCGUAUUAUAUAAAUUAAUAGUAAUGUUGUAGAUGCAUUUUAUUUUUACAAUGUCAAUGAUUGGGCUACAAUAUACUAAAGUAUAUGUCAUUAUAUACAUUAGAGAAGUAUGCAUGUUUUAUAUAAUUUUAUUGGUGAUUGUGUAUAGCAAAAAAUGUUGUUUAAUUUGCUUUUUGAAGUUGAUAUAGGAGUUUACUUCAUUAAGUACUUUUUAAAGCACGCGUAGGAGUGUUUUAUCAGAUAUAAAACGCGAGGCGCAAAAUGGCUUAAAAAACGACUCAUCUUAUAUGAGUUCACUGGUGGCGAAGUAAUUUUUAAAAUAAACUUUGUCUAAAUCGAGUAAAUCAAAGCUAAAGUUUAUGUAAACUAACAUGAUUUUUUAUCACAUAUAAAGAUACGACACGCUUAUGAUUUUUCUUUGUGUUUUCUCCUGAAUUAUUAAUUUUUAAGUUUUGUUUCACCGAAUUCCACACAUCAACUGUCUCCUUUAUUUGAGAGAGUGUGUUUUACAUAAUUUGUUCUUUUAUAACAUUUGUGAAGUUUUGAUGCAUUUCUCGUGUUAUGUUCAUGAAUUUGGUUGUUUGUUAUAAAAUAUUUUUAAAGAAAUCUGGUAAAUUAUUAAAAUGGUCACUGGUGGUAUCGAAACAUAAAUAAGGCAGUUAAAUAGUCAUUGAUUAUGACUGGAAUAGUCAUUAAUGAGUUUGGGUGGAUAAAAAGCAAGCUAUUUACCUGUUUAAGUUACCUCGCCUUGGCGCCUCGUAAGCCACUUUAUUGUUCUUCCCACAUUAUGACGUCAUACUGUGUAUCUAUAACAAUAACCUCGUUCACAGGUAAGAAAGACCCUGGGACCGAGUCAUUGGACAAAUGUAUGCUGCGAAACCAGUUUCAGCUUAUAAUACAUGCAUGUUGUACGUACUAAGAAUAAGUGGCCUGGAUGAUGAGCCAAUUGUGCCGCACGAUGGUAUACCUGAUUGAAAAAAUCACACCCGAAGUCAUAAUCGGAAGCCUAUAAGUAUAAGUUAGCAAUAACCAUACAUCUUUGUCCCAGGUUAUAACGGAACGCCUAUCUGUAAAUAUGGCGGGAUAUUGAACUCAGCUGGAAAAUGUGUUUGUCCAACCUUCAACAACUGUACAGAAAACAAGGGGGUGUGUGGGUCCAAUGGUAUUGGCUACAUAAAUGAAUGUGAGCUGAAACAGGCUGCUUGUAAACACCAAAAACAUCUCUUUGUCUUCAAAAAGGGGAUGUGUGGUAAGCAGAUCUUCCUCUUUCUAAUUUAAUUUUGUAAUGCUAUCUUCCCGCGUUUUAAUUGGGGCGCUUAUGCACCUUAACAACAAAGAAUUUUAUUGACUUAUACAUUUUUGUUCACGAGUAAAAUGCAAGUCAGUUGCAAAUUUCGAUUCACUGACACCGCUCAUCAGGCGCCAAAAGAACAGGUCAAUAACCUUUCGUAAAUAGCAGAGUAACCACCAAAACAACAUUAGAUAUUUAUAUUUAUAUAUAUAUAUAUAUAUAUAUAUAUAUAUAUAUAUAUAUAUAUAUAUAUAUAUAUAUAUAUAUAUAUAUAUAUAUAUAUAUAUAUAUAUAUAUAUAUAUAUAUAUAUAUAUAUUCCCAGGUAAGAAAGACCCUUGGACCGAGUCAUUGGCCAAAUAAUAUAUAUAUAUAUAUAUAUAUAUAUAUAUAUAUAUAUAUAUAUAUAUAUAUAUAUAUAUAUAUAUAUAUAUAUAUAUAUAUAUAUAUAUAUUAUAUAUAUUAUAUAUAUUAUAUAUAUAUAUAUAUAUUAUAUAUAUUAUAUAUAUUAUAUAUUAUAUAUAUUAUAUAUAUAUACAGGUUAAAGGUGAUGAUUGAAGAGAGAUAUUUUCAAAAUUUGGGUCACUAUAAUUUCGAUAAUUUCUAUCUAGGACGCUCAUAUGAUUCGCAUUGCAGUAUGUUGCAUUGUUCGCUCAACUGCGGUACACACGGCUUGGUUCAAGAUGGCUUUGGAUGUUUAUCGAAAUGUGAAUGUCGAGGUAACUGCAUUUUUAUUUAGUUUUACUUAUAUUUUUACAUUCAGAUACGUAGGGCCUACAAUCUUAUUUAACGCCAGAAGAUUGAUUUGUCAAAAAAUAUAUAAUGUCUGUAGUUGUAUAUAGCUUGUAUGAGCAUGAAGCUAUGAACUGCAUGUUGAAUAUGAGUGAGUAGGUGUAUCAGUCUUAUUUUUUAUUAUUUAUUUAAAAGAUUCAUGGUUUAUGAUUAUCUAACAACCAACUGUAUAUGGAGCUUUUACGGAGUGGCGUCAAUCGCGUCAUAACUUUAAUAUGAAAAAAUCAUAUUCAGCGUUAAUGACGUCAUGUUGUGGAAAUACGAAAUGUGAAAACACGACCAAAACAAUAUGGCGCACACUAUAUAGUCAAUUCCGGCGGUGCCCAUCCCCCACCCCCACCCCCGGGGAAUUAGCCAUUUCUGGAAAGAAAAUGGCCAUGUCCCCACUCCAAGGAAAGAAGAACUGUGCUAAAGCCCCACCCCUGCGCAAACAAAUUGGGUCUAUAUCCCCACCCCCAGGCAAUAAUAUUGACUGUUCAGUAUACACGUUGAUUUUCACGUUGUAAUUCUAUGCCUAUGGCUAUGGACAAUAUAAAUGCAAAGUACAAAGAAGAAAUUCUACAAGAAGGAUAAAAAUGCUUUUAUAUUAAUGCAACACUGUAUAAAUUCUCAACCCUAACUUCAGUGCAUUUAGCUAGACCUAUAAUAAUAUUAAUGUCAACCUUUGAAAAUAUUGUCUUUACUUAAAGGUCCUCCUGACACACCGGACGUGAUUCGACAACACGUCGCGAUUUUUCGAUUUUCGCUGACUGAUAACUUUGAUCCUAUAGUUUCUAAAUAUUUAGAAACGUUAUAACAUUUUGAGUUAUUUGGUCUACCUAUCUUUUAAAAUUUGCUCUCGUUUGGCUGUUUUAUUAACUUUCAAAAACUAAAAAAUCGCGUCGCGUUGACGUAUCGCGUCCGGUCGUAUGUCGCUGAUGGUCGGCGAUGCACUCAUAGAUCAUUUUUUAUGGUGAUCAUUGUCCAUUCAUGUAGAGAAAGGAUUUUACUCAUCAAUGAUCAAAGACAAUGGUACUCAAAGACCAUCCCAAAGAAUGAGUAUCAAGCCAUUUGCAAACAAAUUCAGUAUCUUUUCCAUCGAAAUCUGCCAUGUUAUAGUCUGCCAAUCGCCAUGAUGGAAAACGUCUAAGUCCCCACUCCCGGGCUGAAAUAUUUCGACAAUAGCCCCACCCCCGGAAUUGACUGAUACAUAAGUGAUAACCAUAUAAUUAGAAAUAUUAAAACAAUAGACCGCGAGCUGUCGCUGAUUGGGAGAAAGGCUUAACUGCCGACAACACAUCCAUGCCUGUCAGAUGUUGGGAUCCUAGGUAGCGGCGCUACCUGCAAGUGCAUAAAGCUAACUGCAAUCCUUGGUCAGAAGGUCUUAUGCAUGCUUAAUUAUUAAGUAAAGUAGAAAAUUUCAAUUUUUCCGAAUACAUUUUGCAAUGUUUACCAACCAGAUUUAAUAAGAGUCGUACUAAAGACGUAAAUUCAUCAAAUGAUGACAUCAAAAACGUGAGAAAAGUUUAUUCAAACAAUCAGUGUUGUCCGCUUUCUUGAUUUCCAUUCAUUGAAUAUUGUUACAAAUACCAUUAUUUUAAUACAAUUUUGACAAUAUUAAACAUAAAUCUCAAACGAAGCGGGCAAGUUUGGACCAUGCUUGGCUAACUGCAAUUUUUUUUGGCUACCUGCUAAAAAACUAAAUAUAUAGGCAUGAUUACACGUCAAGAAACGAAAUACGCGUUUCCCACACAACGCAAAAUUCCCAUUGGUCGAAAUCGAUAUGCCUGUCAAUCAAAUCUGAUAUGUAGUAAUUAUGCCAUAAAUAAUUUCCAGAUUGAAGCCCCGUUUAAUACACGAGCGAAUUUUGUUUGACAAAUUUCAUUUGAUCAAAUGCAUUUGUUCAAAAGCUAACAUGCUAGCUUUUGUUCAAAUGCAUUUGUCACAAUAAAUUUGUCACAAACUUAUUCAUCUACACGAGCAAAAUAUCUUUGACAUAUGAAAUUUGUCAAAUACAAUUUGCUCGUGUAAACGGGGCUUGAAUGUUGAUUUUAUAAAUAAACAUGACAUUAACGGUCUCUAUUGGAUAGAUUAAUGGAUAUAAGUAAUGUUUAUGCACAGGCGGAGCCAACUUGACAAGAGCGAAAAGUGGGCGUACUUCGUUUCUUGAUAUGUAAUUGUCGGCGGUCUCUCCUUUCCCAUCGCACGCCCGGGAAGCUAAACCCGUGGAAAGGAGGGACCGCUCGCAGUCUAAUAAAACAAUUAUUGAAUUCCAUUUUCGCAAAAAAGAAGCAUUCUCGUAUCCAGUCCUCCAUCCUCGUUUGGGAAAGACCCUGGUGUUGUCUGGUCACUUACUGCACUUUCCUAACAGCUGACCAAUUUCUAAAUAAAUGAUUACCUGAUAAUCAAAUUAGACCUGUAUGGUAGUUUGCUUAAUGGCUGUGUGAAGAAUGGGUUCAUUCAUGCUUGAAAGAAUGACUUAACCUAAAUUGAAUGCAAAAAUGCCCAAUUUCAAAAUUAACAAGAAUAACUUUAUUUAAGUUUCAUAACAACAGUAUAAUGUUUCAUCAAUGAUUUAAUAAUUGAUGUAACCACCACGCUUCUCGAUCACCUCAAGGCAUCGUCUCCUCAUGGUGUUGAGGAGUCUGCUCACCCACCAUAGUCAUCCAUUCCUCCUGCAGCAAUUGAGCUAAGUCAGCCAAAGUGAUGUAUUCUAGUCGAACUGCAUGGCGAUCGACAGACUGCUUUUGCUGGUCCCAAAGAUACUCAAUUGGGUUGAGAUCUGGCGAGCUCGCAGGAGACGAUACCUUGAAUUAUUAAGUCAUCGAAACGCGUGGUGGUUACACCCAUUAUUAAACAUUGAUGAAACAUUGCUGUUGUUGUGAAAUUUAAAUAAAGUCAUUCUUGUUAAUUUUAAAAUUGGGUAUUUUUGUAUUCAAUGGAGGCUAUAAGUCAUUCUUUAUAUAAAGCAUGAAUGACCCCAUUCUCCAAACAGCAUGAAGCAAACUACCAUAGGUCUAACUAGUGCUAGGUGUGAUUAUCAGGUAAUAAUUUAUUUACGGAACUUAUGAUGAUAUAUUUAGGGGGAGAUUUUCUUUUUGUGCGGUGUUUAUUUACCAACCUUUGAUUUUACAGUAGUAAAAAAUGAUAAUUGAGCUAGCCAAGUAAAUUCGGUACCAACUGUACUCUAAACAUAAUUAAAAAACUGCUGUCCAGUUGCCGAGUUGGGAUGCAUCCUGUAAUUUCUGUGCACAUUUGAAGAUCUCCGGCGUGGAGUUGCGGUAUGGUUUGUCGUAGACUCGUAGCAGCUUGAGAGUCUCAUUUCUAGCCAGUUUGACAUCACAUGUACGUUCCUCUAUUUUCAUCACUUUGGCAUGUUCUCUAGUACUAUAUAUUUGUUCGGCAAGAUCGCUCCCACAACGUUUUAGUUUUAUUAUAUAGUUUUUCCUAUUUAUUUUUAAUUUUUCCUAGCAUCUCAAUGUAGCAGUAUGAUGUCGUGUCAACUUACUUGUGACGAAAAAGGCGGAGUUGUGGUCGACAAAAUAACAAAAUGUCCAAAAUGUCAAUGUCAAGAAUGAUGGUGUGUAUAUCAAGAAUAUGUUACAUAACAAAAUAUAUUGUAAAUCCUCUCUUAAACACUGUGCAUGACCCAUGCAUAAUGGGGGCCAGCCAAUUUCAAACUCGUCUGAACGGGGCGGAUCUCAUUAUCACAGAUCGUGGGUUGCUUAAUAUACUUGUAGUUGGUGGCUUAAAUUACACCGGGGGAGGCUUACUAAAUUUCUUCCUCUUAAAAUUGGUUAAGGAUUUAUUAUGGCAUAUUUGAGUGAGAGUUAAUAGGGGUUUUGAGAUAUGGAAGUGGUCAGGAUUUAUGUUUGUGAUGAGUAUGUCCAAACCGGGCAAUUAGCUGAAACGUUUGCUUGACCGCGGUGGGAAUCGAACCCGCGACAUGUGGUUUUCUAGUCCAAGUUUGGUCAAGUGGGAGAUAUUUCGUAACCAGUCUAGUUCCUUCGAUAUCACUGUGUUUUUACAAUCUUCAAUUUUUCUGUUUCGAUCUGGUAUUAUGCUCUCAGGUGAAGAUAUAUGUUUGUGUUGUUGAGAAAUAUCACCCACUCGAAUAGACUUGACCUCGUUGCUCAGUUCGGAUAGAGCAUUCCGAUCUAGCAAAUCAAAGGUCGCGGGUUCGAUUCCCAUGCACCAGAGACAGAAAAUGUAUCAAGAUUUUGGGCAUCUGACUCGAUAGAACUAAUUGUUGAAGAGAUUUGUAGAUGGAAAUUUCGAGUUUGAAUUUUAUAGACCCUAACCAGGAAUAGCUGCGAAAAAUGCAGCUAUCGGCCCUCUGACAGGAAUCGGACCUGCGGCUCUGAGAUUCUGGUGCAGCUCUCUAACCAACCGAGGUACGGUUGGCGAGCUCUAACCACAAGUUCAUGCAUAAAUAAUAAGGUGAUGCAGUGACGUUGAAGGGAUUUUUAGAUGGAGAUUUCGAGUGGAAUUUUUAUAUCGAAUGGAUGCUCAAAAUCCUGAUAUUUACCCAUACAACGUACAUUGACAUCUUCCUAGUAUUCACACAUGAACUUGUGGUCAGAGCUCAACAACUGUCCCUCUCUAGCUCAAUUGGUUAGAGCGUUGCACCGGAAUCAUAGGGCCGCAUGCUCGAUUCCUGCCAGAAGGCUCCUGGUUAGGUCUAAUUCCACUCGAAAGAUACUAAACAUCAAAUUUGUUCAAUUAAUUUCUCCAUUCUACUAUAUUGCAGGCGUUCAAGUCAAACAAGAAAUUUGGCCACAAAAUUUGGGAUAUACGAUUAAAAUGGAAAUUUCAUCAAACAAUUUAAAUUAAACUAUAGAAUGUAUUGUGUAAUGAAAGAUAUAUACUAUUACCAGUCCAGGUCAAUUAAAUAUUUCCAUAUCUCG